AUGCUAACCUCUUGUCAGACAUGCAUUGUCGAUGAUAGGAUUGCUAUCUGCGGAAGCAGUAACAUCAACGAUCGUUCGCAGCUGGGCUACCACGACUCGGAACUCACAAUCAUCAUGGAGGACACCGAAGCGCUUCCCUCAAUCAUGGACGGCCGCGAGUACCAAGCUGGUCACCACGCCGCAACUCUUCGUCGCAUGCUGUGGCGUGAGCACUUGGGCUUGUUGCCCGCCCAGCCCCUGGACGCAAGCGAAGAUCCCAAUGCCCAACCUCCGGAUGUCUGUCCCAACCACUGGCACGAGGGAGACGAGUGGGAUAAACUUGUGACAGACCCCUUGUGCGACGAUGUCUGGAACUUGUGGACUCAGCAAGCGACUACCAACACAGAAGUCUUCCGUCACCUGUUCCACGCAGAUCCUGAUGACAACAUCCGCACAUUCGAGGACUAUCAAAACUUCCUCCCGAGAAAUGAUACGAAGCAAGGUCAUUUGUAUAACAAGUACAUGCCCGACGAAGAAGUGAAACGCGCCCUUGACAAGAUUAGAGGACAUCUUGUUUGGAUGCCGCUGCACUUCCUCGAGAAUGCAGAGAUGGCCGAAAAGGGACUCGCGGUCAACUACUACACCGAAAGUAUUUACACUUAG